ACGCGGGCUGGUGGCGGAGCUGGCUGCAGCAGAGCUACCAGGCCGUCAAGGAGAAGUCCUCGGAAGCCCUGGAGUUCAUGAAGCGGGACCUGGCGGAGUUCACGCAGGUGGUGCAGCACGACACGGCCUGCACCAUCGCGGCCACGGCCAGCGUGGUCAAGGACAGGCUGGCGAGGACGGAGGUUUCUUCAGGUGCAACAGAAAAGGUGAGGAAAGGGCUCUCUGACUUCCUGGGCGUCAUCUCGGACACGUUUGCUCCUUCGCCAGAUAAGACCAUCGACUGCGAUGUCAUAACGCUGAUGGCAACGCCGACAGGUACCACGGAGCCCUAUGACAGUGCCAAGGCUCGUCUCUACAGCCUUCAGUCCGACCCGGCCACCUACUGCAACGAACCUGACGGCCCCGCAGAGCUCCUGGAGGCCUGGCUCUCCCAAUUUAACCUAGAGGAGAAGAAAGGGGAGAUCUCGGAGCUGCUGGCGACCAGCCCUUCCAUCCGCGCGCUCUACAGCAAGAUGGUCCCCGUGGCUGUUUCUCAUUCUGAGUUCUGGCAGCGCUACUUCUAUAAAGUGCAUCGCCUGGAGCAGGAUGAGGUGCGGAGGGAAGCACUGAAGCAGAGAGUGGAGCAGAGCAUGCACCGAGAGGAGCCAGGCUGGGAAGAGGAUGAAGAGGACAUUUUGGGAAUGUCACCCCUGCCUUGUGCAAAUGUGAAACUUCCAGAAGCAGCAGAGAAGGAAUCGGCCCCUGAGGGAAGCCCCCCCACGCCUCCAAAGGGACCCUCUGAGGAAAACCGGGCCGCUCCUGCUCCUCCUGCAGCCCCCGCGGAGGGGAGCCCCUCGGAGAGCAGCGAGAGCAUCUCCCUUGUGACUCAGAUCGCAAACCCUGCCCCUGCGCCCACCACACCGCUGCACACCGAGGCCCAGGACCUCUCCCAAAGGCUGCUGGAGGCCACCGCGGAAGAGCAGGGCUCCCUGGCAGCGCCCGGCGCUCCUGCGGCUGCCGCCGAGCUCCGGGAGGCCGAGAGCAAAGCCCCGGGCAGGACAGAGACUCUGAAAGAGGAAGGGCCGACGGAUCUGCGAGUCUUUGAGCUGAACUCGGAUAGCGGGAAAUCUACGCCCUCCAACAACGGCAAGAAGGGCUCCAGCACCGAUAUCAGUGAGGACUGGGAGAAGGACUUUGAUCUGGACAUGACUGAAGAGGAGGUGCAGCUGGCGCUCGCCAAGGUGGAAGUGUCCGGGGAGCUGGAAGAUGAAGAGUGGGAAGACUGGGAAUAAGCCUUCCAGGAUGCGUCGCAGGCUCCUUUCCACCAUCGAAUGUGAAUUAAACCACGGACUGGCUAUUCCUUUGUGUGUAACUGUGCUGGGGAUUGCAGUUCCAGGCUGGAAGAGUUUCAUCCCUGCUAAAUCCUGUGGGCAACUCCAAUGUCCUGUUGGGAGCUGGAGGAGGAGGAAGGCGGCGCUCACUUUUGAACACUCAGCUGCUAGGGAGCCCCUCUGCUCAGUAGGUCCUGGAGACUUGGCAAGGCCAAAACCGAGGCUGACAGUGGGGUGGAGGCCACUGUGGUGCAGCGAGGGGUCCCCGGGUGAGCUGGGACACGUGGCAGGGUCGCGUGGUGCCCCCACACGGCCUGUCUGCUCGUGUCUGUGUGUGUAGCAGCCCCUCAGAGGCUCCUCAAGGGCAGCUGCUCCCGCUCGCCCGCUGCUCCGCGCUGCCGAGGCAGCCCCGGAGAGGCCGAAGCAGCUCCCGCUCUUCCCCUUGUCGCUGUGAGGAGAGGCACUUGACUCGUGGCUUUGGCCCAAGGCUGCACGCUGCUGGAAGGAGCCGAGCUCCCUGCCAAUUCCUGAGCUUCUGCCUGGCUUUAUUUUUUGUCUUGGAAGCUUUUUCUGAGGGAAACUCCUGCUUCCUGCUGCAAGAGCAGCAGCUUCUUUAAGCGCCAGGGGCUGACGCCUUCCCCUCUGCCGCGUUUUGAGUGGUGACGUUCUCCAAACCAGGUGCUCGUGCGUGGCUCUUACCUGAGCGCUGCUGGGGGCCUCCCUGGGAGCAGGAGCUCUGUCCUGUGCUGCUUUGGCACCCCGGGCCCCUCGCCCCGUGCCCUGGCCGCUUGGUUCCUUCGCUCAAGCCACCUGCCCACCGCUUGCGACGCUUCCCGGGGGUCUCGGUGCCCCCAGCACUGCCUAUUUAGCACCACGAAACGCUCCCCGUGGGGCGUUGCUUAUGCCCAGGGGUCCUACAGGGACAGAGCUCGCACCCCGUGUCCACCCUGCCCGGCACGGGUUUCAUCCGCGCUGCCUUUCUCAUCCUGCCUCUUGGAGAGCUGCUUGACUUGAGCUUUUCUUCCCUUUGUGGGUAGCAGGGACCUAGGGGCACUUGGAGCUCUUUUGCUGUUGAGGAGGCUCCCAAAUGCAGCCGCCCGCGCAGCCGCUGCGUUAAUGGUGUGUUGGGGACCACGCACGAGAGCUUGGCGGCCCUGCAGGAGCCCCGGCGCGCGCCGCACCCCUGGGCCUGCGGUGGAGCCGCCGCGUGCUCGUCCGUGUCUUUUUGUUCCUUAUUCGAAUUAACCUUCUGGUUGUCUGUGCAAUAUUCUCUGUUCCGAACUAUUCCGCGUCCCCCUGAGCCUUUUCUAGUUGGGGUGAAAACCAGGAACAAUUCUAACAGCUGGUAGUUUUGUAACGACGACUUUCUCGGAACCUUUUACAGAUUUGCAGUUAAUGGCGAUUAAAG